CACAACCGCGUUCGAGUGCGUGCGAGACGGUGGAGACAAUGGUCGCGCGCCGGGGUGAUUUAUCGUUUCCCUCUGUUUCCGUCGUCGUCGCCAUCGCCGCCACCUUCACCGCCGUCGCCGUCGCCGUCGUCGUACUCGGGAGCCGUGCUCUGUGAGGAUCCGGUCAGUGCGUCUCGCACGGCAAGGAGGGAUAGAUCGUUCACUCUCGGCGCGUGGAAAACGCAACAGAAUGCUCGUUCCUGCCGCGGACGUACUACGCGCACCACACCGGGGCUGGAUGUAAUCACAAAAGCUACGCCACGCGCCGCGCGUCCUCCGCUUCUGGUGGUACACGCCUCCUCCUCGGGCAUGCCAGCGCGCUGAGCCAAAAUGGCAGCCACGUUAACCGCCGAGCAGGAGCAAGCUACAAAGGAAUUUAUAGAAGCUGUGAAUAGGUGUAGAGCCGGUAGACGAGCUGGACCAGUUUCCUGGAGCACGGCGGUCAAGUUUUUAGCGGCACGGAAGUUUGAGGUUCAACGAGCCCUAGCUCUGUACGAGCAGCACGAAGCCACUAGGAGGAGAGAGGGAUUAGCAGUCCUGCAUCCCACCCAGGAACCCCUACUCAGCGAGCUAUACACAGGAAAAUUUACUGUCCUGCCGUCAAGAGACGCAACAGGUGCAGCGAUAGCUAUUUUCACAGCGCAUUUGCAUCUUCCACAAAAUACUACGCAUCAAACAACUCUGCAAGGUGUUGUAUAUCAAUUGGAUGCUGCCCUUGAAAGUGCAGAAACGCAGAAGCAUGGACUAGUUUUUAUUUAUGACAUGUCCGACAGCAAGUAUCAGAAUUUUGAUUACGACCUGUCUCAGAAAAUUCUGACACUUUUGAAGGGUGGAUAUCCAGCAAAAUUAAAAAAGGUUUUGAUAGUGACGGCGCCGUUGUGGUUCAAAGCGCCGUUCAAGAUCCUUCGAUUAUUUGUUCGUGAAAAACUGAGGGACCGAGUGUUCACAGUAUCCAUCCCUCAGCUGACGUUGCAUAUCCCACGAGAAUCAUUACCACAUCGUUUAGGCGGCACGUUGGAGGUACAGCAUGAAGCAUGGCUCCUACAUUGUCUUAAAUCUAUGACGAACCGAAGCGGGGGUGAACUGUGUGAGGUCACCCCAAGAGUAGGUAGCCCAAUGUCGCCCACGGCGAACGAUAACACGGUUCAUCAAAAUCCGAAUGGAACUACGACGCAUAGUAAUUCGACUAGUCCCAUAAUCGAUAAGAACAAGCAGGUGAAAAAUGGCGUGUCGAAUAUCGGUGACAUCGAGAUCACCACCGCGAACGCUGACGCAUGGAUGGGAACCGACGAGGCGCCAUCCCCAGUUCAGCCUCCGUCCUCGGCUAGCUCCGGCUUUAGCGACGACGACAGUCUUCACGGCGAUCCUGGUCUCCAGGCCGUUACAAUGGAGCAAUUUAUCGCGGAUAUACAUUCGCGAGGACGCGCCGGUCUCAUCGCGGAAUACGCGGAAAUUAGACAGAGGCCGCCGGAUGGUUCAUUUAAUAAUGCAAAGUUAAGGUCUAAUCAAUCAAAGAAUCGCUACACCGAUGUGCUUUGUUACGACCACAGCAGAGUCUGCCUUUCACAAAUAGACGGAGACGCGACGUCCGAUUACAUAAAUGCGAAUUUCGUCGACGGUUACAAGCAGAAGAACGCGUUUAUCAGUACUCAGGGUCCUCUUCCGAAAACCUGCGGUGAUUUCUGGAGGAUGGUUUGGGAACAGCAAACUUUAGUCGUCGUCAUGACUACGAGAGUUGUGGAAAGAGGGCGUACAAAGUGUGCGCAGUAUUGGGGCCCGGAACCGGGUGAUGAAGUACAAGCGGGUGGCUACACCGUGACCACCCUCGAAGUCGACACAAAUCCAGAUUACACAAUAUCCAUGCUUCUCCUUACAAACAAUAAGACUGAUGAGACGAGGGAGGUUUGCCAUAUGCUGUACACAGUGUGGCCAGAUUACGGUGUUCCCCAGUCGGCUAAAGCUUUACUACAGUUCUUGUCCCUGGUCAGGCAGCAGCAGAGUAAAUUACUCGCUAGCAGAGGAGACACGUGGGCCGGACAUCCUCGAGGACCGCCUAUAGUUGUACAUUGCAGCGCUGGCAUCGGAAGAACAGGCACAUUUUGCACCUUGGACAUUUGCAUAUCGCGACUGGAGGACACCGGAACCGUAGACAUACGGGGAACUGUCGAGAAGAUUCGAGCACAGAGGGCCUAUAGUAUUCAAAUGCCGGAUCAGUACGUCUUUUGCCACCGUGCUUUGGCGGAAUACGCGCUUUCCAAAGGGAUGCUCAGUGCGCAGCAUCUCUCCAUGUUACCUCCACCGAUCGAAGAGGAUUCUGACUAAGGGAGUAACGAGUUCUGCUAUCAUGUACCGGAUUGAUGUUCUUCCCGAGUAUGCGUGUAUAUGUAUAUAAAAUAUAUAUACACACACUAUCCUUAAAAUAGCCUAUUUCUACCUUAAACGACUGAAAGUUAUUUUUUGCUAUCGUAUCCAUCGAUGUAACGAUUGAUCUUCUCGCUAUUACGUCAGUCUUAAAUUUCCUAUGAAGCCGGAUUGGUCUUUUUUUUCUCUCCAAUGUCAAAUAAGCGAAUAAGGAAUAUUUCAUAUUCCUGUUCUUCGUGUUCUGGCAAAUUCUACGUAAAGGUGCAUCAGAAAAGCACUGAUCAAAGAUAGAUAUUUUACUAGUAUAAAAAUCUGGCACAAACAUUUUUAUGUGGAUCCUAUUUUAACUCUCUCAAACUUAAAUUUACGAUUUAAAUUCUUUAAGAUAUAAGAUAUUACGAAAUAAAAUGUAAUUUCUAAACGUUUUAAUUUAUUGUAGCUACCUAAUUCGUUAUAUCUUAAUCAAUGAAUUAUAAUUUUUUAUUUCUGCAACUGUCUUACGGAAAUGUAUGAAAUUAUAAAUGAUUUGAGAGAGUUGAAUUGUCGAUCUUACUAAAAGAGAAGGAACCGAUAUAUAGAUAUAUAUAUAUAAUUUUGAAAAUAUAUGAAAAAAUAUAAAUGUGAUUAUAUACAUUAUAUAUAGUUCACAAAUUAUUACAAAUGUGGUUUAACAGUGGCCAUGAUAUAGCCACAAUUAUUUAAGAUUUUGAGAUUUAGAAGUAUUAUAACAUACGAUAUAAAACGGCUUCUGCCUUACGGAAAUGUAGAUUAUUUUAGAAGUAACCAACAUAUUGAUAGAUGUUUUUGGGCAACCAAAGAUUAUCUGCUGCACAAAUUUAGAGAAUCGAAAUUUUUAAAUGUACGUAAAAUUUGGUUAUAUACAACAAUCGCGCGGGGAAAAUUCCGUUUUACAGGGAUUAAUAAUCAGGGAUCAUAUUGUAGAAAUUAAAUUAGUUAAAUAAUUUCCGACGCGACAAAAAUGACGAAGCCUAACGCGAGUGCAAGGCUUUAAAAAUUAAAUUAAGCCUUUACUUUAGUCGAGUAAACUUCGAGUUCAUCUGAUAAUUAUAUGUAUGCAUAUACAUAUAUGUCUACAAACACAUAUGUAUAUGUAUAUACAUAUAAUUAUACACACAAUAUAUAUAUAUAUAUUUAUACAUAUACGCUUCAUUAUGAAAAUCGUAACGAUUGAAAAUCGUAUAUACCUGCAAGCAUCAAACGUUUGAAGACAUUUUAAAAUCUAGAUAUAAAAAAAAUCUUAAUUAACACACAAUGAUUAUGUAAAUUUUAUCUCUUUAACGGAUACUACAAUCUGAUAAUAAUUUUAAAAAGAAACCGUAACCGAGGCGGAACGUGAAGAAAAAUUUAGACACGUUAUACAUUCUAGAUGAUACGCGAUUUAAAUACGAAUUAAUUUUGUACGUAAUUGUGUAUGAAAUAAUUACUUUUCAUAUAUCUCAUAUUUCCAAGGUAUUGUUAGACGCCGUGUCUUUGGUUCUAUGCGAUGUUUAUCCUGCUAAUACGAUCAUGAAGUGAAACACACAGAGAGUUUCAAACAAUGCUGCUUUUUAAAUCUUUUGAUUGCUUUUCGAUUAUUAUGAACUUUAAGUGUAUACGUGUAACCUUGGAUAUAUGUUAUAAAAACGUUGUGUCCGAUCUGUGUUACUCGUAUCCAAUAAGUACUCGAAUCAUUUAUCCGUUGAAUGUGUAACGAGACCUCUGCAAGGAAACGCAAGCGGGUGGUAUAUUCGACGAGUCUUCUUGCACCGGUCGCUCGAUGUUUGAUGAAUUACGAACUUUAUCGUGGGCUAUUAUGAUAUUAGUAUUUGUAAAGCAUUGUGAUAGUCGGUAGAAGUCUCCGAAAAUUCGUAUCUCUAUUCUUCCAAGUACUGCCAUUGCCAACUACGCUAAUUUCUAUUUCUAAUCACGCUGAGCUAAAUUUUUCGCGGCAUAAUCACGGUAUGGCCCAGGCCGUACAAAAAUAUAUAUAUAUAUAUAUAUUUAUAUAUAUUUACUAACUGAUUUGUAAUAAUUUAUUAAUAUUGAGUUAGAACACGGUAUGUAUAGUGACGUAAAUUUGGUAUCAAUGCGAUGAAGACAUGUGUGUAGGAUGCGGAAUCCCUUGACUGGGAUUUUUUUUCUGUUUUUCCCACGCACGAGGUAUUCGGAAAAACGUGCCUUUAACGUGCGUCGCAGCGAAAAAAACGUUCGAGAGGAGACCGUUCGCAAUUGCGUAACUUAGUUUUCCGCGGGGUCCUCCGCUGUAGCGUUUCCGUAAAACGUAUUUCCGAACACCAUGUGCAGAUUCUAUAUAUAGUUUCAUACGCAGAGCGUUCGUAAGAUUUUAUUUCGGCAAAAUAAAACUUGUGCGAACUUGUUGAAGACACUCUUCGAAUUUUAUACGAAACACAUAAUACGCGUUGCUGUAUCGCGAGGAAGCUUAGUCACGUUUAAAUAAGUUAACACGAUACUUGGACGUAAUAUUUAUAAGUUCCUCCUACCCUUAGGUUACCUACAAAAGGGCAUAUUACCGAUAUUGAUUAUCGUUUACUACGUUAUUAUUAUCGUUUACUACGUUUAUUACGUUAGCUAUUCAUAAUCAGCAUUAUCCUUUUUGUAUUUAUCCCAACUAUUUAUUGUAUCGAUUGGUUUAAAGUCUCCAUGUGAUGUAUAUAUACGCACAUAAUUAUCAUGUAUUUUUCUCCGCUCUUAACAGUCGCGUUUUUGUUUGACGUUCUUCUUUUUCAUCUACUUCUUGGUGUGAAGUGCGAGAAAUAUGGAAAACCAUAAUUUGGCCGUUCGACCGUCUCGAUCAUCAAGUGUGAAUGUACAUGUGCGAUUUUAUAUAGCUACUUUUGCGUGUGCCUCCCUCGCAUCGUAAUGUGUUAACGACGGAUCAAAGCCGCCCGUGCGCGUCAACGACGAAAGUCGUCAGGACGGGUACCAAAGUCUCUCGUAGUAACGGGCUCGCGAAACGGGGAAGACGAUUAAUCAACCGCGGAGUAACCGAGUGCUAAUUGUACUGUAAUACGCGAGUGCGCGCGCGCGCGUGCGUGUGUGUUAAGCUUUGGAACUGAGGGUAGGUAGUUUAAAGUUAAUCGACUCAACAGUAUUAUACCUCAUUAAAUGUUCGCGAUCCUUCCCUUCUCGCCAAAUCGAUUUUCUUUGCCGACUCGAGUGCGCCGGACGGUUGAGAUUUAUCGUCCACCUGUAUUCCUUUUGAAUAUGUAUGCGAACAAGGUGAUUUGAAUGAGAAUAAAGAUGAUGUAACUUCGAUAAUUGAUCAUCACGAUGAGGUUUAAGCGAAAAAAGUUCGUCGAAGGAACAAAGGAGGAGGUCUUGCGCUAUUAUAUAUGCAAAUGAUACACAGUGGACUGUGUAACUCUCGAACUUCCGGCGUACUUUCAUUCCUUCAACACGUUUUAAGUUGCGAACUUGUACCCAUCGUUGCUACGUCUUGCGAUUCGUUUUCGGUAAUUUGCACCUGUAACGUACUCGCUAUUUGUAGACCUUGAGGAUUCGUCACACCAAUGUUACACGUCUCUAUAUCGAGGUACCGAUGAAUGAAGGGAGUUGAUAUAAUCGACUAAUUAUUUAACGCGAUAUAAGACGCCCACUUUUGUAUGACAAUUAAAAUGCGAUAUCGGAGAGGAGCUGCGAUAAAAGGAGCUGCAAUAGGGGAACCCGAUGUUUUAUGUGUAUAUCUGGUGUAUGCAACACGUGUCAUAAUAAUUAAGAUUCUCACGAGAUGAAGAAAAAGAUUGUUAAAAUAUUAUGAAAAAUGGAGAAAGUAAUGCAGCGAGGAAAAGAAAAAAAAAUGUAUAUAGAAAUGAAUAUGACUUUAAAUUACUAUCGCACACAUGAUUGUAUCUAAUUAAUAAUUAUUUAAUAUAUUGCAAAUAUAAAUGGUACAAA